GCCCGGGAGGGGACGUCACUUCCGCCGAGUCCCUGACCUGCGGCUAGGAUCGCGACGGGAACUGGAGCCCGAGGUCCCCGCGCCGCCCGGGUCUGGCGCCCUGAGGGGAAGAACGGCCCGGCCCGAGGGCCCAGGGGUGGAGACUUUGACUCCAGUCCCUGCCCCAGCCAUGACGGACGGGAUCUUAGGGAAGGCAGCCACAAUGGAGAUCCCUAUUCACGGGAACGGUGAAGCUGGGCAGCUUCCUGAGGAUGAUGGGCUGGAGCAGGACCUCCAGCAGGUGAUGGUGUCAGGACCCAACCUUAAUGAAACCAGCAUUGUGUCUGGUGGCUAUGGGGGCUCUGGUGAUGGACUCAUCCCAACAGGGUCUGGCCGGCAUCCAUCUCACAGUGCCACUCCCACUGGCCCUGGAGAUGAGGUGGCUCGGGGCAUCGCUGGAGAGAAGUUUGACAUCGUCAAGAAAUGGGGCAUCAACACAUACAAGUGUACAAAGCAGCUGUUAUCAGAGCGAUUUGGCCGAGGCUCCCGGACUGUGGACCUGGAGCUAGAGCUGCAGAUUGAGUUGCUGCGUGAGACGAAGCGCAAGUAUGAGAGUGUCCUGCAGCUGGGCCGGGCACUGACAGCCCACCUCUACAGCCUGCUGCAGACCCAGCAUGCACUGGGUGAUGCCUUUGCUGACCUCAGCCAGAAGUCCCCAGAGCUUCAGGAGGAAUUUGGCUACAAUGCAGAGACUCAGAAGCUGCUGUGCAAGAAUGGGGAGACGCUGCUAGGGGCUGUGAACUUCUUUGUCUCUAGCAUCAACACAUUGGUCACCAAGACCAUGGAAGACACACUUAUGACUGUCAAACAGUAUGAGGCUGCCAGGCUGGAAUAUGACGCGUAUCGAACAGAUUUAGAGGAGCUGAGCCUAGGCCCCCGGGAUGCGGGAACACGGGGCCGACUUGAGAGCGCCCAAGCCACUUUCCAGGCCCAUCGGGACAAGUAUGAGAAGCUGCGGGGAGAUGUGGCCAUCAAGCUCAAGUUCCUGGAAGAAAACAAGAUCAAGGUGAUGCACAAGCAGCUUCUGCUUUUCCACAAUGCCGUGUCCGCCUACUUUGCUGGAAACCAGAAACAGCUGGAACAGACCCUGCAGCAGUUCAACAUCAAGCUGCGGCCGCCAGGAGCUGAGAAGCCCUCCUGGCUAGAGGAGCAGUGAGCUGCUCACAGUCCAACCUGGCUAUCAAGAAGGACAUUGGGAGGGUUAACCCCAGGGUGGGGGAGAUUGGACAUGGGACAUCCCCUGCCACCUGCCCUCUGGCUUGGGCUCCCUCUCCCUGGCUGGUGCCUGAUACCAGUUUUACCCAAGCUGCUGUGGGGAGGGGGACAGUAGGCCCUGCAGCUGCUGCCCUGUCCUAAAUUCUCCUGGCCACUGGGCUCCAUUUCCAGAUCUUUUCCUUCCACUCCACAGCCAAAGGCUAUGACAAGACCACUCCCUGGCCAAUGGCAUCACUCCUCAGGCCUAUACCCAGCUCCUGGGGUCUGCCUGCUGACCAAUGGUAGAAACUCUAAAGGCCCUCUUAGCCAGUGGUAGCUUUUCCAAGGCUCCCCUGGGCCAAUGAUGUUGCCUCCAGUAUCCUUUGUCCCUCCUCUAUGCGUGCCCAUUGCAGAGAAGGGGACUGGGACCAAAGGGGUGGGGAUAAUGGGGAGCCCCAUUUCUGGCCCUGCAUCUGAAUGGGUCUCCUCCCACCCACCCACCCAGUUUAAUUGUGCUCAGAGCCCUGGAAGAUUGGGGCCUAGCACUAGGAAUAAACCUUUCAUAAAAGCAGGCCCAGUGAGGUCAAUUUGUGGGGGACUCCAGGAGGGUGGGCUGGGUGGAGACAUGCACAGCCUAAUCAUACACUAAAAUCCUAGCCAGAAAUCAGGUCAGAAGAGCUAGGCCCCAACAGCUGAAGUCCCAUCUUCCCCCAGCUCCUCAGCCCAGUUGGAGCCAAAGCUUUAUUUGUCCUGCAGGCCAGCACCAUGAUAGCUAUGAAUCUUAAGAGCCCAGGUCCAGAAUGGGUGGGGCUGGCUGACCUUCCUCAUACGUUCAUUCACACAGCAAAUAUUUACUGAGUGCUUUUAUUUGCCAGGCACUGCGCUAGACUCUGGGGAAACAUCAGUGAAUAAAGCACGGUCCCUGCUCACAGUGUUUAUGGCCUAGUUGGGGAUUGGAACAAGUAACCAGGCAACUACAAUACAAUGAUAAAUCCUAGGACACAGGAAGUACAGGGAGCCACGGGAGCACAGAAGAGGGACAUCUAGCCUAAAGUGGAGUGGAGAUGGGGACAGUCAGGUUCGAAGCUGAGACCUGAAGGUUGUGUAAGCAUCAGCCAGGCAGGGUAGGGGAGAACAUUUUAGAGAAGCCAACAUGUGUAAAGCCCCUGAGUAGGAAUUAGGAAGACUUCAGUUUGCUAGGAAUAGAAAGUAAAGAGGGAGUAGCUAGAGAAAGACUACAGAGUAAGGUGGCGAGAGAGUAAGGCUGGGCAUUUUGACCCUGUUUAAGGACUUUUGCCCGUUGUAUACAGGAGACUGUGAAGAAUUUUAAGUAGAAGUUGGACUGCAUGGGAGAAGUCUAGGGUUGAGGAAAGGAGUCCUUCUGAGAGUUAAAAUAGUAUACAGACCCCAGUCCCCUCGUCCUGGGUAGUCCAGCAGUCCUAGCCAAAAGCUCCACAUCAAGCUUGAGUUCUGUAUUAGGCUCAUUCACAAACAUUGGGACACACAGCUUGAAUUCAGGUGGGUGAGUGAGAGGCUGAGGCAGUUCCCAUCCGCCCUGCUGUACCCGGGUGUUGAGCCCAAAUUGGAACCUUGUGUGAGGCAAGAAGCUCCCUGACAGCACUUUGAUUUAGCCAGGGCAGGUGCCAUCACCUCUAUGCUCUUCGGGUAAGGAGAGCUCUAGAAUCUUUCCACAUUCUUCCCAAUCUCUGGAGGGCUGAGAGAAGGAGCAACCCAGUCAGUCUCAUAACACCAGGAUCCACUCAGACCUGACUUUGCUUUUUGUCACGGAUACUCCAGCUCCCAGGCAGGCUUCCUGGGUUUGGACAGCCUGCAGUGAUCUUACUGGAGUUUAAUUAUUAGGUAGGGGCCCACAUAUAAGCCAGCACUUUAUGGUCCUCUGGGAAGUUUAAACAUGAAAGGUACUGAAUCUCCGAGUGGCCAUAAAUAAGAGGGGCCUAAAAAGCAAGGUUCAGAUCCUAGUUCUACCAUUUUCUAGCUAAGUGAUCAGGGUUAACUUAACGUCUAGGGGAGCCAAAGUCCUCAGUUCUAAAGUAAAACAGGGCUAAUAAAAGAAGCUACCUAUUAAAGUUAUGAAUAUUAAAUGAGAUAAUAUAUGUAAAGUGGUUAGUUCCGUGUCUGGCAUACAAUAAGCACUCUGUUAACUGUUAUCAUAGUUAUUUUUAUUAUUUUCCACCGGGGCUGCUUUUCUUUUCCACAGUGUGAUGAUUCCGAGAAUUGAUCUCGGUCUUUGGGGUGAGGAGGAAGUCGCUAGAUGGUUAGAACCAUAAUUUCCUCACGAAGGGGCUCCUGAGGGAAAGCCAGAAAGCUAGAGCCGAAUCAAGUCCUUCACCGGUGUACCCCAACAGCCCCUUCUCCCAGAGCUCUGGGACGGCCCUUUCUCUGCCCAGACAUCCGUUCCGAGGCACAGACAAUCCCUUCCUCCCCCGCUCAGCAGAAACCAGACUGGCAUAUUCCGCGGGAGCCCCACAAGAAAGCCGGAAAGGGUGCCUCCAGGAGGCAGCCCCAACAGGCUCCCAGAGUCCCAGCUCCCUGCUGCCCAAGCUGCCUUUUCUGGACCAAGCCUUAUCCCAGUCCCUGAGACCAACUACACCGCCCCUCCCUCGGAGCCCUCGGGAGCCAGAAGCAGCUGGCUGGGAUCCGGGAUCCGGGAUCCGGGAUCCGGGAUCCGGCUCACCUGCUCCACAGCGCGACAGCGGAGGCAGCGC